AUCCGAAGAGGAAGUUUCAGAUGAUCAGAAUAAUGCAUCGGAAGCAGUUUCAGCUGAAGUAAACAUAUUAACUGCACCUAUUCCUUUAACACACAUCUCUAAUUCUUCAGAUGAUUCCUCAGAAUUUGGUCCAGUCAAUUCACCCAAAGCUGAGGACGAUUUUGAUAAAAUGGUCAUGGAAGCUUUUGACGAGAAAGAGGCUAGUCAUUCUGUGUUAGCCUCCUGCAAUUCGAAAUAUAGGUAA